AUGGAUGCCGUGUGCUCGAUAUCAGCAGUUCAUUUCCUGACGAUUCUACAUGCUGAAUUGCCAUCGUUCAUUGACACCCAGCAGCUGCCCAAUGAAGAGGAGCCAGAGGAGGCUCUCCAGGUGGCAGCCGAUGCCCCACCCCCUUACAGCAGCAUUGCAGAAGAAAAUGCAGCUUAUUUUGACAACAAAGAAAACGGGGGUUUCCCCAAUCCACCAUCAUACAACGUGGCCACAACGCUCCCUUCCUAUGACGAGGCGGAGAGAACCAAGGCGGAGGCUCAUGUUCCCUUGGUGGCUGGAAGGGAUGAAGACUUUGUAGCCAGGGAUGACUUUGAGGAUGCACAACAGCUGCGGAUAGGGAACGAUGGCAUUUUCAUGUUGACCUUUUUUAUGGCAUUCCUUUUUAACUGGAUCGGUUUCUUCCUGUCCUUCUGUCUGACCACCUCGGCAGCAGGCCGCUACGGGGCCAUCUCUGGCUUCGGCCUGUCACUCAUCAAGUGGAUCCUCAUUGUCCGGUUCUCCACCUAUUUCCCUGGGUACUUUGAUGGGCAGUACUGGCUGUGGUGGGUGUUCCUGGUACUGGGAUUCUUGCUCUUCCUCAGAGGAUUCAUCAACUACGCCAAGAUCCGUAAAAUGGCAGACUCGUUUUCUAGUCUCUCGCGAACCAGAGUCCUUUUCAUCUACUAAAAGGGGAAAUAUGAGCUCUUCUUUAGAAAAGUUCGCUAUCUGGCCUCAACUCCAUCACGAAAAACAGAGAGGAAACACCUCUUGUUUUGCUGGCGAUAAAUUGGACAAAAUCAUUUCUGUCUCUUGAUGUAAACUAGUGGAAGCUGACAAUUCUGUAACUAUUCAAUCAUUAGUGGUUUAUUUCAAGUGCUGAUUGCAAUCAAGUCUGUGACGUAUAAAUAAUGCUUAGACUAACCUGUACCCCCGCACAUUGACUCGGUACCGGUACCCCCUGUAUAUAGCCUCAGUAUAGUUAUUUUA